AUGGAAAUGGAUGGCAUGUUUGGGAUUGAAUUGAAUGGAGUGAUGGAGGGUGGAGCUCAUCAACCACACCACCAUCGAGAGGAGUCAAUGGAUGAUGAUAUGGACAGCAAUACAUAUCAAGAUGUUGCUGAUGGACAAAUCUCAGCGCCUCCGCCAAGCUCUUCAUAUCUCGAAGCUCCAAACAUGGAAACGAUCGAUAUUGGCUCAAUGACAUCAUCGGUGAAUCCAACUGGUGUUAAAGCUGGACCUCAGGAUUUUCAAUUGCUCAAAGUUCUCGGAAAGGGUGGUUAUGGAAAAGUUUUUCAAGUGCGUAAACUUACGGGUAAUGAUGCGAAUAAAAUUUUCGCGAUGAAAGUUUUAAAAAAAGCGACGAUUAUUCGAAAUCAAAAGGACACUGCACAUACAAAGGCUGAAAGAAACAUUCUCGAGGCUGUCAAAAGUCCUUUCAUUUGCGAUCUUCACUACGCUUUUCAAACAAAUGGAAAACUUUAUUUAAUUCUCGAAUAUUUAAGCGGUGGCGAGCUUUUCAUGCAUCUUGAACGAGAAGGUAUUUUCAUGGAAGAAACGGCGGCUUUUUAUUUAAGUGAGAUCAUUGUUGCUUUGGAACAUCUUCAUCUACAAGGAAUCAUCUAUCGUGAUCUUAAACCCGAAAAUAUUAUGCUUGAUGGAAAAGGUCAUGUAAAGUUAACGGAUUUCGGCUUGUGCAAAGAGGCCAUCGAAGGAGACGCCAAGACGCACACGUUUUGCGGAACGAUUGAAUACAUGGCUCCGGAGAUUCUGAUGAGAUGCGGGCAUGGGAAAGCGGUUGAUUGGUGGAGUCUCGGAGCGCUCACCUUUGACAUGCUCACUGGCGGUCCUCCAUUCACGGCGGAGAAUCGCAAAAAGACUAUUGAUAAGAUUUUGAAGGGUCGUCUCACUUUGCCAGCUUAUUUAACCUUUGAUGCUCGAGAUUUCAUCAAGCGACUUCUCAAGAGACAUGUUGAAACUCGUUUGGGAGCUGGACCAGCUGACGCUCAUGAGAUUAAAUCACACGAAUUCUUCAAAAACAUUAACUGGGAGAGUGUUUUCUCGAGACAGCUUGAGCCACCAUUCACCCCGGAGAUCGUUGAUGAAACUGAUGUGUCACUCUUUGAUUCAAAGUUCACAAAGAUGACACCGGUGGACUCACCAUGUGAUCAAACUUUCUCAAUGCCUGGUGAAGAGAACCCGUUCGCUGGCUUCACCUACAUCGCUCCAUCGGUUCUCCAGGCGAUGGAACAACCGAAUGCGUCUAGGCUUAGAACACAGCGUCGUCAUGUGAAUUUGCCUCAUCAGUUACCACAUGCGAUGGGUACGAGUAGCUCAGUCUCUCCACAAUUCCUUCGAUAUCAAACGGUGCCCGAAGAGAGCAUGGACACGGGUGCCGGCUCUGGCUUCGGCUCGUCACCAAAUCGAGCCAAUUUCACUCAACCCUACACCCAGCCACAGCCGCUCUCGCGAGGCCCCCAACAGAAAUAUCAA